GGUAGUGCUGAGUUCUUCUUGUGUCGAGCUCAAUUAAAAUUGCAUGUUCGCAGGCCUAUCAACUAAAUGGUACCCCACGGAAGCAGUAGGCUUUUUAAAACGUACCACUAUAACUUACCUAGGUAGGUACCUAGCUAAGAGGCGUGUGCUAACAGAAAUCACAAGGGGCAUAUAGGGAGUAUUAUGGGGAACUCAUAGGGCUCCUGUUAUGAUAUCUUACGGUCUACCUUAAUUACGAAGCGAUGUUAGUAUGCUAUCCCAACACUAGCCAUAGACCCUAGGUGUUAAUCUCAUACUUAGAUACCUAGGCAUAGGUCGCCCACGCCUCUCACGUCCCCUGUAUACUUAACCAGCAGUUUUGGCAAUUCCUUAUCAACGAGUUCUAACCUCGAACUGAAGCCAGCCAAUUAUAUACGAUGUCAUGCUAUCGCCAACUCCGCUGCAGAAACCAGGAUGCUACAUCUCCAACUUGCUAUCUGUCCAAUAAUGGUGCCGCCUCAUACGGUUUGGUGGAUGGUCAGUGUUCUCCUUAGGUACUUACUCAGCUAUAUGUGCGAAUGAUAUCACUCUUUAACUUUACCCUCAAAGCCCCUCUUGCAACAAGUGCAAUUGACCUCUUUUCCUUACGAUACAAUACAUUGCCUAAUCGCAAUGGCUUCGACUUCUGAUUUCCCGAUUCUUGACUUUUCAAACUUCACAGCCGACUUCGAUUUGUUUUCCAGGGAACUGUACCUUGCAAGUAACAAAUGGGGCUUUUUCGUCUUGACCGGGACCGGAAUUCGCGGCGUGGAUGAAAUGUUUGACCUUUCUCGUCAAUUCUUCGAUUUGCCUCUAGAGCAGAAAGGGGAGAAAAUCAUGAACGAACAGGCAAUAGGAUAUGAUGGAAAAACUAAAACCACAUUUGCUGCUUCAGAAGGGAUGGCUUUUAGUCUACCAUCAGGGGGGAUUAUGGAGACCGAUCACUUACCAGCUUGGUGGGACCAAAGCAAGCGGAGGAAAAUCGAAGACUUCAAAUCGCAGUGCCAGGACCUGAAUCAUGCGCUUCUUUCGUGUUUUGCUGUCCAAUUAGGACUUGACAAGGACUACUUCCUCGCAAUGCAUGCUGAGAAGGCACCAGGCAAUACGUUGAAGCUUAUCAAGUACCCUCGCAUGGAACACAGACCUGGCGUCGAGAUCCCGCGUCUCUCUGAACAUACAGACUGGGGAAGUAUAACGUUGGUAUUUACCAAGCAAGGAGGCCUUGAGAUUCGCGACCCCAACAAUGAAUGGUGUCAGGUCCCCAUCGUCCCCGAUGGAAUUGUCGUGAACAUCGCGGAUGCGCUAUCCCUAUGGACUGGCAAGGAACUUAAGUCGACGAUGCAUAGAAUCACCUGGGAGAACCUUCCUAUAGAACAGGAGAGGUAUAGUAUGGCAUACUUCGUGAAUCCCAACCUCGAUGCACCUCUUUCGAACCCCAAGGACAGUGAGUCGCAGAAGAAUGGUAAUGGACUUACUUUCGGGGAUUACUACCAGAUCCGCUUGCGUUUAACGUACGGAUCACUCGAGGAUAGUGACUUUAAAGACGUCGAUCCAGAGGCGCUCUAUAUGGUCAAGACCUUAGGUGUUGCAGAUGCAGGUUAUUUGAAGACCAAUGCCAUUGCAGCUUGAUCAAUUCCAAGGGGAACCUAGGUAGGAAAGGGGGGGUUGGAGUAGAGUCGGGGGUGGUAUGAGUGCCUGAUCCACUGGUGUGCAGACCUUGUGAGAGUAUAGCAGAAAAGUGUAUCGAAUAAAGCCGCGCUUGCUGC